CAAAAUCAAGAUCAAAACCACCAUUGUUCUUUGUGACAGUGUCAAAACACCUUUAAGGUUUACGAGAGGAACAUUAUUCCAAUUAUAAUGGGACGCUGGAUGAAACCAGAGGUCUACCCUCUAUUGGCUGCAAUGACCUUUGUCACCAGCAUGUGUGUCUUCCAACUAACAAGAAAUGUGCUCCAAAACCCUGAUGUUAGGAUUAACAAAACUCGACGCAGAAUGGCAGUGUUGGAUAACAGAGAAGAGGGAGAGAAAUAUGUUGAGCAUAGUCUGAGGAAGUUUCUUCGUACUCGACCACCAGAGAUUAUGCCAACCAUUAACCACUUCUUCAGCCAGGAUAAAUGAAACAAAGAUCAAGUUUAUCAGUUUUUCUCUCUGCAAAAUAAACUACUAAUGAUAAAAACUUUUGGAAUUUUGUUUAUAAAGUGUUGUUCCAUCUUAAUUAUCUCUGGUGAUCCUUAUUUUGUUCCAGUGAUGAGUAUUAAAUGUUUUCGUUAGUCUAUGUUUAGAUAGAUUGGUCAAUUGAACAAUCUCCAGAAUAUUAACCGUAUUAUAGAACUAUAAUCGUCGUUAUAAGUUGACCAGAUUCUAUGCUCUCAAUUAACCAAUCAUGAAAUAA